AGGCCCUUAAACCCUAUCCCCAGCAAUAAAGUUGCAGGCAUUUCUAUUGCUGAUUCUAUUGUGGAAUAUUCCUUCAUUGAUUCUAUCGCUGAUUCUGUCCCCAAGGUAUCAAUGGCUACCAAUUUGGAGGAUCAUAUUGAAAAAAUUUUAUGGACAGAGCAGCAAAUUUCUCAACGAGUUUCUGAACUUGCUUCCCAAAUUACCCUCAACUUUUCUUCUUGUAAAUCCGCUCCGGUCGCUGUGGGCGUUGCCACUGGUGCUUUUCUGUUCCUAGCUGACCUUGUUCGCAAAAUCAAACUUCCCAUUUCCGUUGAUUUUGUUCGGGUUGAAUCGUACGGCUCUGGUACUGUAUCCAAUGGCAAACCCAAGAUUUCUUGCGACUUGAAAAUUGAUGUUACUGGAAAGCAUGUGAUUUUGGUUGAGGACAUUGUGGAUACAGGAAACACGUUAUCCUGCCUAAUUGCACACUUGAAAUCUAAAGGGGCAUCCUCCAUAUCGGUGUGCACUCUCCUUGAUAAACCAUCAAAGAGGAAGGUUAAUUUUGAACUUGUGGGAGAAGGGAAGUUCUACCGUGGUUUUGAGUGUCCAGAUUAUUUUGUGGUUGGCUAUGGAUUAGAUUUUGCUGAGCUUUAUAGGAACUUACCCUACGUGGGAGUCCUGAAACCUGAGAUGUACAGUUGAUUUCUUUGGCCACAAAUAAUUGUUCCAUCCAAGGAAAUUUCUUGAUUUGUUGGAUACGUUCAACCUUUUGCUGAUGAAGAGGUGCCAGUUUCCUUAUUAUGAAUCAGAGGGACUGCAAAGGUUCAGUUCCAAGCAUUUUUUCCUUUACCCCGGGCCCUGCCCUGCCCCUGCCCCCGCCCCUCGCCCUCGUGUGGCAUUCACCAGUUACCUACACCUGCAUAUUCAGUGUGUGGCUCCUCUCCAGUACCUAAGAAUUGAAUAGUUUUUGCAAACUUUGUCCAUCAAUUUCUUGUCUCUAUGGUUUUUUUUUUUGUGCGCGCGCCUGUAUGGUUAGUAAUUUGUAUUUUACUAGGUAACUAUUAUUAGAACUCAACGACAUUUCAGUUUUCUGAUUCGUUUUGACUGACACAGAUUGUUCUAUUGGACAAACACUGGAUGAACUUAGAAAAUAUUGACUAUUGAAUUACUGAUAAGACAUUUUGUUUCCUUUAGGCAUA